ACAGGAAAGGACAAACAAAUCUUUGGCAGUGAAUUGCUUAUUGGAAUGAAAAAGACACUUGUUUUUUACCUUGGAAGAUCACCCAAGGGUGAAAAAACUAAUUGGAUUAUGCAUGAAUAUCGCCUCACCAAUAACAAUAAGCCUUCCUUCCAACCCACCAAGGUACCCACAGUUGCAGGAGGCGAGUCCACAAUCGAUAAUUGUCAGAUUCUUCAAACUAGGGUGAACCGUUACAAAGCUGACAAAGAGAUUGAUCCCAACAUAUUAAGAGGCUAUUCUUGUGAUUUGAAAUUCACUGACAAAGAACUUGACAUAAUCGAGAUGGCAGUGUAUGGGGACGUGAUAAGACCAGGGAAGCAAUGUCGUUGCAGGUCUGUUGCUGAGAUGCUCGGAAAAUUCAAGGGCAAAGAUCAUAUGGCGCCUUGCAAAAUACCCGACUCUGAAAAUUCAUGAUCUUUUAUUUACCAAAAAUGGUUUGUUGCGUCAAUGUAAAACCACAACACCAUCAUCAUUCAUCACAUUCUUGUUGUUCGAAAUUGCUACUUCAUUUCUUUUGUUAUUGGCUA